AUGGUUGUCAAGAUCCGGCUCGCGCGCUUCGGCCGCACCAACUCGCCGUUUUUCAACAUUGUCGUAGCCCAGGCGAGGUCUGCACAGCGCGGACGGCCGAUGGAGGUGCUCGGCACGUACAACUCGCGGCCGGAGCGGGACCCGUACGAGGAGGCGUCUGGACGGCGCGGCACAGCCGGCAAGGCACACAAGGACGUGCAGCUGGACGUGACGCGGACAAAGUACUGGAUCGGCGUCGGGGCGCAGCCAACCGACACCGUCUGGCGCAUACUGUCUAUGGUCGGCAUCCUGGAACCGAAGCAGCGGGCAAAUGCCGACAAAACCGGCACGACUGCGCAAAAGGCAUAG